CAUCUCACAAACUAAUUUUAUCCAUGUACUGUAAGUCUGUCAACACUUGGCUAUAUAUAAAUGUGCUUAUUUUUGUACAUGCAGGAUCCCGGAUUGUGAUUGGCCAGCUCUCGGUGAAGGGCGCUGGAUUUUAUUAGCGCAGUGUCGUCAGUUUAGAGAAGCGCUUGCUUAAAAAUUUCGUUACAUCCCAAAGGGGCGGUGCUCUGAUAUUGGUGCAUGCUCCGCCCGCUCGGGAGUUUUGGUUUGUUUUCUGUAACAAACCACAAAGGAAUAUCACAAACGCGUCUCGGUUGUAUUCAACGCAUUUAAACUUUAAAAAGGACGACACAGUUCAGACUCAGUCAGGACACAGACAGGAGCCACACACACGGCCUACUUUGCCAGGACCUUGUCACCAUCCACACUGCUGUGGCCAGAACAUGUCUGGAGUAUGGUAGUGUCCUUUUGGUGUUGUGCAAUACAAUCCAGGCUGCACUGCUGGAGAGGGUGCAAAAGAGGGCCCUCAGGAUCAUCUCCAGAGGCUGCACCCCACCAACGCCUCCCCCAGGUCUUCAGAGGAGGAGGGAACAGGCAGCCAUUCAGUUGGUCAAAGAGAUGACACAACAUCCAGUCCAUGAUUGGCCCCCACAGACGAGAGCAAAAAAUGGGAGUGUGGAUGCUUCACAGGAACCCGCUGCAGGCUGCUUGGUUGUGUUGUCUGUUGGCUGUUCAGGUGCUCAGCUGUCCAGAUAGCUGCAGAAAGUGUUCAGGCCCUGAACAUGACCAGUGUGAGGAAUGCAGAGCAGGAUGGACACUCCAUAAUUACACCUGUGUAGACGUUGAUGAGUGUGGCACUGAGCUGGGUAUCUGUCCUACAAACAGCUACUGCUUUAAUACAGAUGGUUCCUUUAAGUGCAGAGACUGUGACCCGGCCUGUGUGGGAUGUAUGGGUAGCGGACCAGCACGCUGCAGAAAAUGUGCCUCUGGGUACACACUGACAGGGUCCAAGUGUUUGGAUAUAGAUGAAUGCAGUGACAGAGUACUCGCCUGUCAUGGUCUGGAUGAGAUUUGUACCAACACCGAAGGCUCUUUCCGCUGUGACUGUGCUGAAGGACUCAUCCAUAAGGACGGUGUCUGUGUGAAGAAGCAGCAGUCUGGUGUUCAGGAGAAAGGUCUGUUUGAGGAUAUCCAGGACGACGAGGUGGAGGUGCUAAAGCAGAUGCUCUUCGGGGUGGUGCUUUGUGCUCUGGCCACACUGGCUGCGAAGGGAGAUUUGGUCUACACAUCUAUAUUCAUGGGAGCAGUGGCAGCCAUGGCAGGGCACUGGCUUUCUGACAAGGGGGACCGUUUGUUCAACAACUUCCUAAAGGGACGGUAAAGCUCAAAAGUUUUGCAAAAAUAACUUUGGCAAAGGCUAUAAACAAUCACUGUUCCGACAAAGCAGGUGAAUCUUGAGCAUCUACCCACAAUAGAAAAGAACAUCCUUUAUUUUAUAUUUGAAGCAUAUGUAAUGAAAUCAAAGUUUUAGACAAAGGUGAGUUUUCUGUCUCUGCAGUAUGAUUCUUCUUCACAACACAGUUUUUAGACAUUAUUUCUUUUCAGUGGAUGGAGUUUGUUUUAUCACAAACUCCAGUCACUGAUGAAGAUUGUGACUGUGAGAUUAAGUCGAAAAAGGUUAAGGCGUUAGGGUUAUCGGUUGAAGAGAAAAAAAAAUACUUUUGUCCAGCUGUACCACUUUUUGAACUGUGCUAAAAAAACUGUGCUUUUCUUUAGAUUGAUUAAAGAAGAAUGUACAGCUCGUAUUAGAUUUGCUUCCUAUACUGCCUCUAUGACACUGUAUUUGCACUGUCUAAAUAUAAAGUUGUAACAUGUACUACAAUAGUAUAGAGGAACAUUUCAAUGCCUCUUUUCUCCAUAUGCCCAUGAAUGUCUUGAGAAUAUAAAACACUAAAAUAAAU